AUGAGAGAAGAGAUGGCGCGUGUGUUGGAUGAUCAUGGGAAGAGCACGUGGGAGAAGAAGGCGUUGGCGGUGGAGAAGAGGAAGGUUGGGUAUGAGUGGGAGGCGGUGGAGAUGGAGAAGGAGAGAGUGAAGUGGAUGAAGGCUAAGAUAGAGAACCAGAGACGGGUGCUUGAGACGGAGAGGGUGGUUUUGAUUCUCCGGCGAAGGGAGAUUGAGUUGCAGUCGUUGGGUAAGCGGGUUGAACCGAGUUCUGCAACGGGGUGA